AUGAAGAGGAGGGGAAUCUGGAUUCUCUGUAUUGGAGCUUCAGGAGCUGCAAGAUGUGAUACGGUGUCUCUUUUCUUCAGUAAUUCUGAGAAGCUGCUUGAUGAUUUCUCCAGCGAUCUGUCUCCGGAAAAUGUGGACUUCAAAAGGGUGGAUGCUCAUGUUCACAAAUUGAAAGGCAGCAGUUCCAGCAUAGGAGCAUCAAGAGCUAAGAAUGCAUGCAUAGCGUUCCGAGACUUCCGUCAGGAGGAAAACAUUCCUGAGUGCCUGCAAUGUCUGCAACAACCGAAACAAGAGUUCCUCCUUGUGAAAAGAAAGCUCGAAACUCUUUUCGAGCUGGAGAAACAAGUUGUAGCUGCCGGUGGGUUGAUCCCGAAGAUGCAACCAGGCGAUUGA